CAAGAGAGGAAAAGCAAGCCACACUCGGGUUUUUCCGCGAAAAGCCACGAAGUGCAAACUCGUUCUACUGUAACUGUACUGAAGCUCCACCAUUGGCUCCAACUGUCCGUCCGCCGGGGAAAGGAGGUGGUCGAGGAGGAGGGGUGUGUGGAUUUGCUGAAUGACGGCUCGGUGUGUGUUGACACUUGAGAACCGCUACAGCCUACGGGACAUGCACAGGCCUACCUACGUUACAUGUCCACCUUGUAAAGAUAAGAAGAAGCGUCUAAUUCUUGCAUUUAACAUCGGGAAAUGUUGAUGAUAGCGCGGGAACUGCGCGACGGGGCUACACGGAGUCGAGGCGGAGCGGACGUUUUCGCAGGUUGAUGAUCCUCUUUCGGCACCGAGGAGAAGAGCCAACACAAGUAAAUACAUGGUGUUAGUCUUUAUAGGCGGUUAGGCAGGCUUGCAUUAAAAGGAAGGAUAGGCGGUGCGAGCUAAUUCCUGGAAAUAUAGACCUCCGGCCAGAAUGACACACGCUAUGUUUGCAGGUUGGAGUUUAUUCGCUGAAGUUGGGGCUGCGAGCAGCGUGUAGGAAGCUUGUGUGCCAGGAAAAACACCAUCCGUCUUUCACGUUUGACAGAUAACCAAUCAAAGCUGUUAUUCAAAUCGGUGCUCUUAUGUCAGCGACCUAUAUCUCAUGCAUGUGCGCCAAAAGCCCACAGUAGCCUCUCCGCCAGAUCAGACAGCAUGGGGACCAACGGGCUAGACAACCAAGCGCAGCCGUCCGACGGAGAGUCACGGACGGAACAGCCGGCUCCAGGUCCUCAGAUGGAGCAGAGGGAUGCCCCUCAAGACCUAGACACGAGAAAGCAUGACCAGGCGGACGGCAGCGAGGGUAAAAUCGUGAAGGAGGACAGCAAUACGCAGCUGAUCGAGACCGGCUGCAAGCCACCCCUCACGCCGGGUUCCGACUUCGAGGCUAGGGUGCAGGUAGAGACGCCCGGCCACGGAGCUGGCUUCGUCCCACCCGAAGGUGGUUUCGCUGGCUGGCUGGUGGUUUUUGCUGCAACCUGGUGCAACGGGUCAAUCUUCGGAAUUCACAACUCCUUCGGGAUCCUGCACAUGAUGCUGGUGAAGGAGCACACAGACCCUGAAGACCAAACAUCCCAGUUCAAAGUGGCCUGGGUUGGGGCCCUGGCCAUGGGCAUGAUCUUCUUCUGUUCACCUGUGGUCAGCAUGUUCACAGACCACUUUGGCUGUAGGAAGACGGCUGUGAGUGGGGCGGCACUGGCUUUUAUAGGACUGCUCAGUACAUCGUUUGCAAAUUCCUUGAUCCUUCGUUACUUCACAUACGGCAUAUUGUUUGGCUGCGGCUCCUCCUUCACCUUCCAGCCCUCGUUGGUCAUCCUGGGCCACUACUUCCGCCAGCGCUUGGGUCUGGCCAAUGGUGUGGUGACGGCUGGUGCCAGCCUCUUCUCUAUGGGCCUUCCGGUGUUACUGAAAGAGGUGGUGGAACCUUUGGGCCUCAGCAGAACAUUCCAGAUCCUCAGCGUCUUCAUGCUGAUCCAGGCUCUGCUGGCGCUAAUGUUCAAGCCUCUGAUCCCUGCUGGGGGAGACAUGGGCCCCCAAGGAAUAGGCCCCGACCAUUCCGAAUCCCAAACUCAAGCUAAUGCUCAAGGUGGAGGCAGGUGGAGCAGGGCGAUAACCACCAUCAGGAAGUACUUCAAUUUGCGUGUGUUUCACAUCGUCACAUACCGAGUGUGGGCAUUUGGAGUGGCUACAGCUGUAUUGGGCUAUUUCGUGCCAUAUAUCCAUCUGAUUAAUUUUGUAAAAGAACAGUUCAAGGGCACUGAAAAGGAGUGGGUGCUCCUUGUUUGCAUAGGAGCAUCAUCAGGGGUGGGACGCCUCACUUUUGGAAAGAUCGGGGACCUCAUUCCUGGUCUACGGAAAGUCUACAUGCAGGUGGUCUCCUUCAUUGUUCUUGGCCUGAUGUCCAUGAUGAUUCCUCAGUGCUCGAUGUUCGCCGGGCUGGUGGUCGUGUGUGUGUUUCUGGGACUGUGUGAUGGAUGCUUCCUCACCAUGAUGGCUCCCAUAGCUUUUGAGCUUGUCGGGCCCAUGCAAGCCUCGCAGGCUAUAGGUUACCUUCUAGGCCUCAUGUCUAUCCCUAUGACUGCAGGUCCACCUAUCGCUGGUCUCCUGCAUGACUAUUUUGGGAAUUACACAGUGGCCUUCUCCCUGGCUGGUGUGCCUCCGAUGGUGGGGGGCGUGGUGCUGUUCUUUGUGCCCCUGAUCCACCACAGGCUCCAGCGAGGCCAGGCAUCACCAGAGGAGACCUCCACAACUGCCCACAUGUUGCCCAGCGCCCCACCGGCCGAGGAGCCCAAGAGCUGCUCUAAUGGAGACAUCCUCCCCGGCUAUACAGAUGUAGAGACACACAUCUGAUCGCAUCAUACAAAGGGAUUCAGCCCACCAGCACCUUUUCUCAUCCAUAAUCUGUCCUCCACCUAACCAGAAGUCUCAACUGUGGAUUUCCUGUUGGCUGAUCUUUAACCUGCAACCCUCCAAGACCCCCCUCUUUGGCUGUUUUCUUUCUUUUUUUUGUUUAAUGCGAAGAGAAGUUGACAAUGCUCUGGCGACAAGUCACGGAGUGGAUGAAAAGAGGGCACAUUAGCGUCGGAGGUGGAUAAAAGCAGAAAAGCACAACGUAGUCUAAUCUAGUCGUUGUAACACAUACCUCCAAGAGGAACUAAAUGAAGACUAAAAAGCUGUCUUUCUGAUUUUAUAGCAUUUAAUCGUGCUACCUUAGCUUUUGAAGCUGUAAAAAAGAUACACUUUUAUUUUUAGAUCUUCUGAGAAGAAGAGGUAUAUAAAAUAACAACUAGUGAAGGGAUAAAGUCAAAAUGUCUUUAUGUUGUACCUCAAACAUCUGAUUUCUUUUUAACACAAUGUGUUUUAUUUAGUAUGUGUAGCUAAAACAUGGUUAUAUCUUAAAUGAUUUGCAGCUUUGCUGUAUUCGGCUCUGCGCUUCUGUUUCUGUUUUCUGCUGUUACAGCUACAAGAGAAGCAUGCGUACUGGUUGUACAUGUCACAGGAGGUAACAGAUAUUUCUACAAGUAGAUGAGCCAGCAGAUACAAUCCACCUCAGCUCAGCUGCACAUGAGUUUUAGACCCUGGCGUCACUGUGUGUUCACACCCCGCUGUCUAAAACUUAAGCAAAAUUUCUUCACCAGUCUGCCUGCAAGGAGGACGUGUGUAAUUGUGGCAGCUGUUGAUUCCACUGAUUCAUAUGCAAUGAACCUUAGUGUUUUUGACCUGUUACCAGUUUUCAGUGUUGGGUCAGUGACUUUUCACCACCACAGUUAAUAGAGGGUAUUUCCUCCUGAGUCUGUAAAGCAUAAAUGUUUGCUUUUUUUCUCACCAAACUACAUUUUUUUUAGCAGGGUGCUACACAAAUCUGAAUUAACUGUGUCUGACACAGCUUUGAAAAAUAACUGACAACAGUUUUGUGCUUUAUAGGUGUGGAAAGAGUUGGAGUCAAGCAGUAGUUAUGGGAACUUAAUGGCUGUGAAAAACAUAGACUUUAUUCAACUUUGCAAAAGGCAUUUUGUUUGAAAGUGUAUGUGUGUGUGGUUGCCUAGUGAUCUUAGUAAAGACUAGUUUGAGUUUCACAUCCUUUCUGCCUGUUUAAAGGUUAUGAUGUGGCCUAAGGAUUGUUUACAAGAAGGUUAUGGUUGGGGUGUUGGUUUGGAUGGUUAGGGUUAAAGGUAGGGAUGAUGUCAGUGAUCUUCCUCACAAAGAUAGUCAUGCAUCCUGUGCGUGUGUGAAUCUGCAUUUAAUACUAGAGGCAUUUAUUUAAUAUGAAGCUAAGUUGGGGUCUGUUGAUGAAGAGGGGGCAGAGAUUAAAAACUGCCAAAUGGCCCAAGCCCUCAUCAGGCCGUCUCACAGAUAAUCCAGCCAGUUUGCUGCUUUAAUUUAGCAUCACUACGAUGACAUCACUAGUUGCUUUUGCAGAAAUGGAAAACAAGAGACAAAGUUGCAAUCUUGUUGAGAUAAAGUAUUCCCUCGGGAGGACAAUCUGUAGUGGUAACUACCACUUAGCAUUUUGGACCACUUACCUCUGCGCUUUUAGAUUGCAAGUGCUCCUGAACGACAGACUUCAGCGAACAGACGUGAAGUAGAGCUGCAAUAAUCAGCUGUUUGAGUUACACAAUUCUACGUGGUUCUAUGCAUAACUGAAUCACAAAGGGGGGAAUGCCGUGGCAUUCAGCUGGUGUUUCUUUGUUGGUUUCCCCUCCUUGCUUUCACUGCCAUUACUCAGUCCGCUCCUGCUUGACAACAGAUCGGAGCAUAAAAGCUGCACAAACCUCACUGCUGAGUGUAGUUUUUAUAUGGACAAAUGGUUCUGGAUAGGAAACAUACACCUGUACCUCAGUAAUUACACAAUCCUCAGCAAUCCAGUUGAACACUUCGACAUUCUCUAUUAUUUUAUAACGUUGCUGUUCUGUGUUGAGAUUUUUCUUUUUUUCUGUUACAGUCCGAGAGCCACAAAACUGCCAAAUGUCUGUUGUCAGUCAGUCUCGCUUCCUCCAAAACAGUUGGUGCGUAAACGUUUUUAACAGAUCUUCUGCCUUCGUAUCCGUUUACUCUGUUGUAUUCAGUCCUCAGCAUUCCCGCUCUUCCGACACAUUCACUGAUCGUUGUCACCGUGAGUUCUCUUCAUGAAAUUGUCUUCAGCUGAAGAAAUGCUGUUAUUUAACUGUCAGAUAUACUUAAUAAGAUGGAAUAAAGGAAUAUAAACAGUUUAUAUGCGCAGGUUGGGAAGCAAAAUCACACGUCUCUAGUUUGAGGUCUAAGGCUUUGUUAGAUUUUAUUGGCAGUGCAAACGGUUGUUUACAUAAUUUGCAGCUGCUGCUGGCCAAUAAAAAAAAAUAUGGUGGUAAUUAAAAAUGAUGGGUUUACACCAGCCAUAUAAACGAAUGGUUUAACAUGAUUUCAUCCCUCCAUGCAAAGCCUCUUUUACUUAACUAAAACAGUCACCAGCUGCCCAACAGAUUUUGUAAUUAAGUAUUAUAAAUGAUUUCAGGAGAUGCUUCUAGAAGUGCAAAUUCAGCGUCCUUAUAGAGUUGGUUUAUAUUUAUAUGAAGUGCAUCCACCCAUAUGUAAAUAUGAAAUGUAAUGAGGCAAAUUCUAUUAUAUAAACUAUCUUUUUUGUGUACACUGUCAAUUCCACUGCUGCUCAAACUAGGGGCCUGUGUCAUUUAUAUUCCACCACUGGUAAAAAAAAUUAGAUAAAGCUAAUGUCGCAACAUUAUGUCCUCUUCGGUGACCCCCCAGUUGUGAAAAGUGAUUUUUCUUUAUGCACCAAUUAUAUCUGUCCAAACAAAAUGUAAUAGAUUUCUUCUUUUUUUCAGUUUUUAGCAUGUCAUUGACUGUGAAGAUACAUUUUUUGCUUUUUUUCUUAAUUUUUAGUAUGUUGGCAUCAUGUUAAUGUUUUCCAAAUCACACUUUUGAAGACGAAAACAAGACAUUUGAGUCACAGCAGAAACCUAAAUUAUGAAAACUUGCCUGCCUUACAUUUACCUAUACACGUGAUCAAAAUUUGUUUCCAGAUUUGAGACCAGAAUUAAAAUCGUAACAUUUUCAAUUAUACCUGUGCUACUUUUCUACUGAUUAUCUUUGAUUUUCUAACCGCUUCGUCCAGUUUCUGGUCAGAAGCAGCUGAAUGCUUUUUAUUUUGUAACCUACUGUAGAUUAAGAUACAGAAAAAUGACAUAUAUUACUAUAAUUCUUUUAAAUGAAUCAUAAAUAAGUUUUUUUUGUGAUACUGCUGCAAAGAGAACUGUUGAGUUAGUUUGUGUGUCCGGUUCUGAAGGAAUACAUAAAGGCGAAACACCCAAAUGAAUGAAAAAUGAGACACAUGAGUACAUGUGUAUGGUUACAGGGUGUCUGCUAAACCAGUGUUUGGCUUAGCAAAGCCGUUUGAUCUAUGCAGCAUCACUGGGUUUGUGGUCCACUUUAUGAGACUGCAUUAAUUUCAUUCUGAUCAUGUCAGACUGUAAUAAUGAAUGCUUACUUGGACCACAAGUUGCAUUUGUCUCUGUAGCACUCAAAGCUGUAGCUGGUAGUAGUUCGGGAACCGCUAAACCUACAGUACAGCCCCUUAUACUUUACCUAAACUAUGUAUGUACUACUAACACUACUACUUGUUUUACUUAAUGUUUUCUUUUUAAAUACUUUGUAUUAUUAGAAGGCUUUGAGUUGUUGUCAGACUUGUCACUGUUUCCCAGAAAGCUUCACCUUUUUCUCCUGUGCUGCUUGUGACAUACACUAUGCAUGUAGCAGCUUCAAAGAGGCACAUUAAACUCUAAUGUACACGUGAAAAGGCAACGCUAGCAUGAUUCCCUAUGUGCUUUCUUGGUUGUUUCAAAACCCAUACAAAUACAGGUCAGAUGAACUAAAUGUGAUUAUACUGUGUCAUAUUUACUUGUUUUUUUUUUUCUGCUUGUUUGUUUUAUAGGUAAUUAAAAAAAAAGCAUAAUUUCUUCACCAUUUGCAGUAGCAAGCCUUGUUAUACCGGUGUGCAAUGUGUCAUUUUGCUGCUCUUCAGACCUCAAUCUCUGCUUACUGUGUAACAUCUAAAACAAACAGUAUGUGUUAAAGCAUAGCUGAGGGUCUCUAUUAUACGCUGAGUCAUGAUUUGCAGAUUACUAUGGAUCCCUUCCAGGAAGAACACAAUAUUACAGGUCGCACAUGCAUAAUGUAUAGACCUUUCCACGCUCCACAUGUUUUAUUCAGUGAUAUUUUUUUUUUAAAUGAUCUUAACUGUAGGCAUCAUGUUUCCACAUUUAUAAAUGUUCCAAUGUUUUUAGUAACUGUGUUUUUAAAUUUUGUGAAAAACUUAAUGGUCAAAAGUUUUGAGCACUCCCUCCAUUUUCCAGGUAUUUAUUGAGAUUAAGGCUGUUAAUGUCUAUUGACCGUAAAUGGUACAAAGGUAAGCAGUAAACUGCAACAAAAACAGAAUUAAGAAAAUAAUUUCCAGUAGCGGUGCAAUUCAACGUAGCUUUGAAAGUAGAUGCAAACAAUUUUUCUAGAGGCAGCCAAACAUCGAAAGGACCCAGAGGGCCAGCUUCAACAGGAACAUUCUGUGAUUUAAUUGUUAGGGUAUUAUUUACUUGGUCAUGAGGGAGUUCUUUAUCAUUAGUGAAAGCUGCAAAACAUGAAAAAAAUCAUUCAUGUCCUCCUUCACAUUUUCCAAAACCGUGCAGUGGGCCAGACUGGAGUCCUUGGCGUCCCUAUCCCUGCCCUUGAGCCUUAUAUUUGACCCUCCUGGUUUAGACACUAUUUGAUGUAAACAGCAGUAACUGGAAAAGUGGAGGUGUGCUAAAACUGUUGACUGAUUCUGUACGUUGUCUGGAUGGUUCUGCAGUGAUGCUCAGCUAAGACCUCCUCACAGUCUUACAUAUUUCAGUACAGGGAUCUGAUAAACCUUCCUUCUCUAACCUCCAGUAAGGUUCCUGCAGUUAAACCUCUAUGGCCUCUCGUCACUUCUUAAAGCUGCCACCUUUUGUCCGUCUGUUUCACACAAGCUGUACUUUUGCAAAAAAAGAAGCUUUUUUUUUUUUAAAUAUAUAUCUAUCUGUUUAAUUCCUUUUACAGAAUGAUCAAACAAGGCCAGUGUCAUCACAUGAUCUGAGAUUAAGUCAUGGUGCUAGAAAAAUGUAUGGAUUUUUUUUUGUCAUAAUUUUGAAUCUGUAUCAAAAAAGGCACAUUUUUUUUUCUAUUAAACCUAUAAUAAAGACAUAAUAUUGCA